CUUAUCUCUCACUGUUUCGCUAAGGGGAGUCCGCCCAUCCUCAACCGGGAUUUGAAAUUCCUGCCGGUCUGAAGCCAUGGAUUUGGUUUCUUCCAUUUUGCACCACCAUUACAGUAUCCAAGCUCCAACUCUGGCCUUCGCCUCCUUCAGAAACUCUCCAAUUUACUCCAGCCGGCUUCGAGUUCAAUCUGCUCCAUUUCACUACCCAACACGGCUUUUAGAUGGCUGUAGUUUUAGACGAAGGAAUGAUUCUGCAAUUCUGUGCUCAAGGAAAACUGAACAAGGAGAAAAAUCGUCUGCAUCAGGGACGGAAAUGUCACACAAAGGCCCAGUUGAUAGCUAUGACGAUAUUGAUAUCUCUUGCAGUACAGAUGGGUCUGUGAAUUAUUCGUCUUCUGUUAGGAAUGUAGCUCUAUGUGUGUUGUCAGCUGUAGUAUUUGGUGUUGGUUUGGGUUCUAAGGAUGGAAUUGGAAAGGCAUCUGAGUUUUUUGCUGGGUAUAUCCUCGAGCAGAGCUUGUCCGUGGACAAUUUGUUUGUCUUUGUUUUGAUAUUCAAGUAUUUUAAAGUGCCACUCAUGUAUCAGAAUCGAGUGCUUUCAUAUGGAAUUGCUGGAGCAAUAAUCUUCCGGUUGUCUAUCAUACUACUUGGGACAGCAACUAUUCAGAGAUUUGAAGCAGUUAACCUACCAUUGGCAGGGCUACUCCUAUACUCAUCAUUCAAGCUGUUUGCUGAAGAAGAUGUUGAUACUGAUCUUUCUGAAAACUUCAUAGUAAAGACUUGCCAGAGAUUCAUUCCCGUAACCUCUGAGUAUGAUGGCAAUCGAUUCAUAACAAUUCAGGAUGGAAUUCGGAAAGUGUCACACAUUUUGGGCAGGCUACACCUUUACUUCUCACGGUUGCCGUAAUUGAACUCAGUGAUAUUGCAUUUGCUGUGGAUUCUAUACCAGCUGUUUUUGGUGUUACCAGAGACCCUUUCGUAGUGUUCACUUCUAAUAUCUUUGCCAUUUUAGGUUUAAGGUCAUUAUACACACUCAUUUCUGGAAGCAUGGCAGAAUUAGAGUAUUUACAGCCUGCAAUUGGUGCUGUUUUGGGCUUCAUUGGGUGUAAGAUGAUACUGGAUUUCUUUGGAUUGCACAUCACUACGGAGGCAUCCCUUGCUGUUGUAGCUACGUGUCUCAGCAGCGGCGUGUUGUUGAGUCUUGCCAAGGGGAAGAACUCCGAAUAGAGAGGUACAUUUGAUCUAUGAGGCUUACAACUUACAAGGAAUAUCACUCAUGCACAUUGUUGCUUGACUUUAUAAAGCCUUUGUAUAGGCUGGGGGGGUUGUACAACAAUGUCUGUCAUACAAUAUUUUUAGGGGUUACUCUGAAGGGUCCUAGUGGUGGAGUUUUACCAAUUGUACUAGGGGAUUUAGAGGGUUU